UUCUUCACUUCUGGGGACUGUUUCCACACAUCUGGGACGUCUGCAGAGUUUUUCCCUGGAUGUAAUCAUGCGCUGGAUUCUAGCUGGAUGCUUUGGGGUCGCGUUGGUCACUCUUUCGGUUGCCCUGCAGGUCAACCAGAAGCCCCGGUUCUAUGGCAUUACAUCAGAUCACAAACAGAUCAUUAUUUACUGUCUGACCAACAAGGAUCCAAACAGCAAGGUUUCCUGGUUGAAGCUCGAUGAAUACAACGCUGCAAAAAACAACGGUCAAGAGAUACAGAAGAGUGACAGGAUUCAUUUAGUUAAUUCUCAUAAUGUGAGCGGCUCCGUGCUUUACAUCUUUCACCCACAAAUAGAGGACAGUGGAGUGUACUUCUGCAAAAUAAAGGACGAGUGGGGACCUGGAACCGACGUGCGUGUGUACAGACGUUCCACCAUUCCUCACGCAGAAUACAGGUCAAAGAUGAAAGACGGCCUCAUUGUCCUCCAGGGCUUGCUGAUAGCUCUGUGCAUCGCUGCCGUACUGCUCCGGCAACAGACACUGGCAGAAAAGAAGGACUCAGAAUAUGAAGACCCUGAUACCGACCACAUUUAUGAGGGCUUGGCCAUUGAGACGUGUGCAGGAGGCCUGUAUGAGGACCUCACUGCCUACACUCAUGCUGACGGAGCCGAGGCCCCGUGGGAGUGAGAAUGACACCGUCUUAAGGUUAAUAAUGUCCCUAAUGAUGAAUUUUAAGGCAAAAGUAAGAUGGGACUUCCCCGAUUAGCCAUCUCAGAUGUGGAGAUGAAGCAUUUUCUUCUAAAACUAUGCAUGUUUUCUUUACCAAGUGCUAUAAGUCUGCUUAUUCUAAGAAUUGCUUAAUAUUAGCUGUUGUUCAUACUUUAUUUCGAUGCUUUUUAAUUACACAUGUGAGAAACGGUUGCACGAUUCAGACCAGAACGUCGGCAUUUCAGAUGAUAUUAUUGGUGCUUCAGGGAGUUUUCAUGUAAAUUGUGUUGUGACUGAUUUUGUAGUGUUGUGUUGUAGGUGUUGAAGAGAGAGACGAUUAUUUUCCACAUUGUUUGGGGAUGUAAAAAUAAAUCUGU